CAGCAGUUCGUAAGGAAGAAGGAAGAAAGAAGACGUUAGUGCGUGUAUAACCCGCUUGACACACGCUGGCACUUGUGUCCGCGGCAAGGCAGCGUCCAGGGUUGAUUGUCUGGCUGUUAAAAUCCUACCCUACCGAUCCCUAGCCAUGUCGAACAACCCUCCACCGCCAUCCUUUGACCGGGACUCUUCUCACGACCUGACGAGCUUCCAGACCAUCGCCGCAAGAAUCCGGCAGUUGAGAGAUAUCAUCUCCGAAAUGGACGAAGACCGGAGUUUCUUUCUGCAUGCCCUGGACCGCUCUCUGCAAGAGUAUAACACCGCAGAUUCGACCGUCGACCCCCAGGCCAUCAGUAACUCUUCUUCGGAACCGCUUCCCACACUGAGUCAGACUCUACAACGACACGUUAUCUCGCAGAGGGAGGCUCGGAGACAAGCCAGACAGUCACAGCAGCAGCAGCAGCAGCAGCAGCCUCAUCCACCUCCACCGCCGCCGCCGCGCCCUCCACUGCAGAGACAGGAGUCUCUCGCCUCCUUGGCUUCCUUGCAGCGUGCAGAGCGUCAGUUCCGGCAGGCAAUCGCCAGUAUUGGGGCUGUAGAGUCGACACCACGGCAGCCUGAACGGUCAUCUGCUAGAUCCCCACCCACGGACUCGAUGUCAGACCACCGCCAGUCAAAGCGCCGAAAAAUCGACGCUGACGAUAGCAGAGAUACCACCAAGGGGUUCAGCUACAGCCACUAUGGCCAGGCCACCUCGGUGCCGCUGGAAAUGGAAGUCCAUAGCUGCAAGGGAGGUAGUGCCGAACCCGACAGACGAGGGAACUCCCCAGACCAUAUUCUGGUCAACGAUGGUGUCGCCUACCGGGCACAGGGCGGUUUCUGCAACAUCGUCCUUAGGCACCGUGGCGAAAUACCUUUCUCGCUGAAGAAGCUGAUCAUCAAGACUCCCAAGAGCGGAUGCCACGACGAGACGAAUGUCCGAGAAGGAACUGUGAGUAUAGCCAUGGACUCUGACUCACGUUUCCUUCGCUCGGUAGCCAGCUGUACCGCCGAUUCUAUGCCUGGGUUCCCAUCCCGCCGGCCCCGUCGUCGGAACGAACAGUUAUCCCCCUUCACAGCAGCGGCCAUGGGAAAUAACAGACGACCAGAGACUUCAGCUUCAAUCCUUCGUGCCCGUAUGCUUCGAACCCGCGCCAGCCAGCAGCAGUACCAAGCGUUCGACUACCCCCCGUUCAGCGGCAUUGACGUAGAAGACAAGUCUGACGACGAAUCAACCCAGCUGGACGCCGCUCGCGACCAACUGGCCCUUUCUGACACUGAACCAUCCAAUUCGCGCGAUAGUUCCCCGAACCACGAUGGCAGUGACAGCGAGAGCAGUGACGGCAUAUCCGGUGUGGCCGAGGCACUGGCCCAGAACCUAGAUAGCCGACAACGCCAGCUUCUUGAGGCCCUCGGCGUUCGUGUGCCGUAUAUGCAGGCUAGACCAUCGCAUCGGCACCGAGCACUCUCACCCACGACCGUCUUUGCUCGGCCAGCUGCUGAGACAGGACAAAACCAGGAGUCCGAUACCAUGCAGCCUGUCGCUAGAUUCGCGAUCGAACACGAGAGAGCCGCUGUACAGAUCAGAUUUAAUCCUCCAGUGUAUGUCCUUUUGUUCGUUCUCUUCAUUAACACAUGACAUGUUUCUUCUAACUCGAUAUAGGUCUGCACGAUACAUCCUUAUCAAGAUGUGGGCUCCCUACAACCCCGGCCGGAUGGAUAUUGAGAGCAUCAUUGCCCAUGGUUUUGCAGGGCCACGCUUCUUCCCUUCGCAGGAACCGAGAUAGCCCCUCUAUCCAUCCAUCUUCUCCACUUAAUGUGCAUUUUUCUACUUUUUCUUUAAUCUCUCACCAACAUGGCUACCUGUGUCAUGCUGUUGAUCAUCAACUCUUAUGUCCAUUCAGCGUUUUCUGAUGUUAACGAUGCACAUAUACCAUGCUCACAUCUAUACAUAUGUAUUUUCUGCGCUUAUCUAGGCGGAAGGCAUGUAGAAGCGGAAUUAAUAAAUGGCCCCCUUUUUCUCUUUAUAAAGACAGGUCAAUAAGUUACAUAAAUAAAUAUAGGGAAUAAAGAGAAAUGGAUUAAACUCUGUAAUACUAGUUGACUCUAGC